CCCGGCCCCGCCCCAAGCCUCCUACCUCUGUGUGUUGUUGCAAGCCCGGUGCAUCCUAGCUGGCCAUGGAAACUCCAGCACAGCCGCUGCACCUUCUCCCCCUGUUGCUGCUGCUUUGUGGUGAGUGUGCCCAAGUGUGUGGCUGCAAUGAGACAGGAAUGCUGGAGAGGUUGCCCCGCUGCGGGAAAGCCUUCGCUGACAUGAUGCAGAAGAUUGAGGUCUGGAAGUGGUGCAACCUGUCGGAGUUCAUCGUGUACUACGAACACUUCACUAAUUGCACGGAGGUAGAGACCAACUUCGUGGGCUGCUUCUGGCCCAACCCACUGGCCCAGAACUUCAUCACUGGCAUCCACAGGCAGUUCUUCUCCAACUGCACUGUGGACAGGACCCACUGGGAAGAUCCCCCGGAUGAAGUGCUUUUCCCGCUUAUUGCGGUGCCGGUCUUGCUGACCGUGGCUAUGGCUGGCCUGGUGGUGUGGUGCAGCAAGCGCACCGACCAGCUCCUGUGAGGGUCUGCCGGAUGGAAGGCCAUGCCUGGCAAACUGGAAGGAUGCUGCCUUGGGGCUUUUGA